AUGCAGUUACUCACUCUGCUCGCGCUAGCCAGCGCCGCCCAGGCGCAUUACCGCUUCUCCAAGCUCGUCAUCGACGGGCAGCAAGAAGCCGCAGAAUGGACCUCCAUCCGAAUGACGAAGAACUACCAAUCGAACGGUGGCGUAACAAGCGUCAGCAGCCCAGAUAUGCGCUGCUACCAAGCGCGCGCAGGGACGAACACCGCAACCGUAGCCGCAGGUUCAGAGCUAGGCUUCGUAGCCAACGCCGCGGUAUCGCACUUCGGGCCCGUGCAGUUCUACAUGGCGAAGGUGCCCGAGGGCGCCGACAUCAACACCUGGGAGCCCGCCGGCAACGUGUGGUUUAAGAUCGGGAGCAUCACUGCCGUGCCUCCUCUAGGUUCUAGCGAGGCUACUUGGCCUGCUUAUAACAAAAAAGUCGUCAACGUAACAAUCCCCAAAGCCGUGCCCAGCGGCAAAUACUUAAUCCGCGUGGAAUCCAUCGCGCUGCACCAAGCGCAGUCCGUCGGCGGCGCGCAGAUGUACCUCUCGUGCGCGCAGGUCGAGAUCACCGGCGGCGGAAGCGGGACUCCUGGACCUCUCGUCGCGUUCCCCGGCGCGUAUCAGGCUAACGACCCAGGUCUGAUGUGGUCGUAUUACCCCAUUCCUACUACGUACACGGCUCCGGGACCGGCUGUGUGGACUGGUUAG